UGACGGUAAUCACUGGGAGGAAACACAAGCCAAAGGUCGGAUCCUGACAUCAGUGGAAGGAAAGCUUCACUGUGGAUUUGUCUGACAUGGGGGCCAUCACAGGAAGUAUUCUACUCCUGUGUCUUAUCUUCAUAACCCCUGCAAAUACUGUUCCAGUGAUCAACCAAGACACUUACGAAGUCUGUGGAGACACCCCUCUAGGUGCCUAUGCAUUUACUGUACAAGCAACAAGCACAGAGGGUCAACCACUGACUUAUACCUUCGGUGCGUCCGAUUACUUGAAAGGUGACAGUCGCACUGGGGUUGUGACAACCAAGCUGGAAAUAUAUCUUGCGGGUACUACAAUUCUGUUUCCUGUUACUGUUUCUGAUGCUUCUGGUGAAAUAACUAAGACAUUAAGAGUUUUAGUAAGACGGGCCAACAACUACAAACCCAUAUUCCAGGGGUCAUAUGAUGUUGAGAUUGCAGAGAAUACACCUGUAGGUACAUCUCUGUUUAAGGUGUUGGCUAUAGAUGAAGACAGUGGUAUUCCUGGUGUUAUUCGCUACAGCAUUGAUGAAGUGAUUCCAAAUGAUGGAUUCGGUCUGUUCACUAUUGCAGACAUAACUGGUAUAGUCACAUUAGCAGGAAAUCUGAGUUUCACGUCGCUGAGCACCUUCUAUCGACUUAAGAUUAACGCUACUGAUGGUGGAGGCCAGUGUCAUUUUAAUUAUAUAAACUACAACUCAAAUGUGGUUUAUUCCUUCGUUUCGGUGAAGGAUGUCCCAGACAUCAACCCACAGUUCAUCGGUGUUCCCUACAUAGGGAGUGUUAUGGAAAAUACUCCAGUGGACUCGACUGUGUUUAAAGUGAAUGCCAUAGACCCAGACAUAGGAGUCAGUGAUGUUAUCCACUAUAGCAUUGAAGAUUCAACGGUAGAGGGUCUGUUCAGAAUCUCAAGAACUGAUGGCGUCAUAUCUGUGAUGUCAGCAAUUGACAGAGAAGUUGUUGGUGAUACCAUUAGCCUGACUGUAAAGGCCACAGAGUCUAAACUAAACAUCCAUGGGUUACAUGGCAGCACCACAGCAAAUGUAUCGAUCAACAUCCUCGACGCCAAUGACAACAGGCCGGAGUUUUACAAGUGUGGAGGCUCAGGAGACGAGCGCUCCUGUGAGAAGGCGACUUCCUUCACAGGAGAGGUCACUGAGCACUGGCUGGGGUCUAUUUCCAUCAACAUGACAGUCAAAGAUCCAGACAGGUUUUCCCGCACUAAUCUAAAACUGGAGGGAGCUGACAAAGACGUUUUUACUGUGGCGCCUGAUCACAUCACAUCAGAGAGCAUUGUUCAGCUCCUGGUCAAGCAGCCCCAAUUACUGGACUUUGAAGUGACACAGCAAAUGGUUGUACAGGUGGUCGCCACAGAUGAAGAUCAAUCCAGCUUCCACUCCACUGCAACAGUCACGAUCACCAUCAAGGACAGUAAUGACAACAGCCCCAAGUUCCCAAAAGACACAUACAAGCUGACUGUUGCUGAACACUCUGCUGUUGGGACCCUAGUGAAAACCAUCACUGCUGAGGAUCCUGACACAAUGGAUAAAGACAAGAUCACUUACAGACUUCUUCCAAACAGCAUACUACAGUAUUUCUAUGUGGACCGACUUACAGGCUCAAUUUAUGUGCAGAACGGAACUCUGUUGGAUCGCGAGGUCAGAUCUCUGUAUUCAGCGACUCUACAGGCCAUGGACACAGAUGGGAAAACUGGCACCACACAGCUGGAGAUUACUGUGACGGACAUCAAUGACAAUCGUCCGGUCUUCAACAGAGACUCUUACAUGGUGUUUGUGAAAGAGGGAGAACCGAUUGAGGUUAAGAUAGAGGCUACUGAUGCAGAUGACCCCGAUACAAUGAACAGCCAAAUUGUGUAUGGAAUUGAGCCCAGCACGUACAGUGAUAACUUUACCAUCAACCCAAACACUGGUGUGCUGAAAAGCAGUGGUCCGCUGGAUCUUGAGGCCCUGAACCCAGACCUGAAAGGAAGAAUUGAACUCAACGUAACUGCGACUGACAAGGGAAGUCCCCCUCUGUCCGCAGUUGUCGCAGUUAUUGUUAAUGUAGAGGAUAUCAAUGACAACUCACCACAAUUCGAGCCCCCCGCUUACAAUUUUUCUGUUAAGGAAGGAGAUGCAUUUGUAGGUUUUGUUUACGCUGAGGAUUUGGACCAAACAGCAGAGUUUAACCGCAUCUCCUUCAGCAUCAUGAGCGGGAGCUUUGGCACCUUCAUUAUCCGCACCGAUGCAGAGGAGCGGGGCUACAGGGGAACCAUCCGUGUGGACCCAGACGUUGAACUGGACUAUGAGAACACCCACAAGCAAUUCAUGCUGAAGAUAGAGGCAACAGAUCUGGAGCAGAAGACAGCUGUGGCGAUGGUGGAGGUGAACGUAUUGGAUGUAAAUGAUGAGAGGCCCGAGCUCAAACCGAUGGCGCCUGUGCAAGUCAAGGAGAACACAACCAUCAGUGGGGCUGUUGGGAAGUUCACAGGGCAGGACAAAGAUGGAAAUCACUCGCUGGUGUACAAGUUGGAAUCCAUCAAAUGCAGAUGCAAAAGCAACAGCUCUCAGCAUUGUAGCAACUGGUUUAUCCUCGAUCCGACAGGGGAAGUCAGACUCAACCCGGAGUACACAGUGGACUAUGAAGAAUGUGACCAGGUGGAGGUGGAGGCUCGGGUAUUGGACGAGUACACAGAGAAGGGGGACAACCACAGUCUCACCACAGGAAAAAUGGUGAUCCACAUUGAAGACAUCAACGAUAAUUCCCCGCAAUUCAUUCCCUCGGAUUCUGUAUUUUUUGUGGUGUCAGAAACUGCAAGUAAAGGGACUUCGGUCGCAGGAGUCACCGCGACAGAUCGUGACACGGCGGAAAAAAACAGGCAGAUUGACUUUAAAGUAACGUCAGUCAAAUUUAAAGACAACAAUCACACAAGUGACACGAGGAUGCUGUUUGAGGCCAUCACCACACAACAGAAAGAUGUUUAUGUCGGGAUAAUUCAAACCACAGAAGGUCUUGAUAUGUCACUGAAAGGCAAAUAUUUGGUAACAGUAACUGCAACUGAUGGUGGCGGCCUCUUCAGCACCACAGUACUGGAGAUAUUCACAAUUGAUAAAACAUAUCAAGUUAAACUUGGGUUUACACGAAGCAUGGAGGAGGUUGAACAAAAUCGCAACAGCAUCGUCAGUUCACUGAUUGCCGCCACCAAGGCUACGGUGGAAGUGGUUGCAAUCCAGCCUGACACUCCUGAAGAAUCCAGGGCUUCCAUCAGCACUAUCAUGGUGGCAUAUUUUGUCUACCCCAACGGGACAGCUCUCACAUCUAAUGAAGUGGAGAAGAUGCUCUCUAGUCCUGACCACUAUCCUGUACUGGCCGGCCUUGGCCUCAUAUACAUUGGAAAGGCAACCGUGGUUGAACCAAAAAGUGAACCUGUAAAGUACAUCCUGCUGGGAAUAGUGGGAGGCUUCAUCAUUUUACUGGCUGUCCUCGUCACCUCUCUGCUGUGUACGCGCAGAAACUACCAGAGGAAGCUGAAAGCCGCUAAAGCAAUGAACUCUGCAUCCAUGGUGACGUCCAACAACCAGAAAAGUGGUCCCGUGGUACCCGGAACCAACAAGUACACCAUGGAGGGGGCCAAUCCUGUUCUCAACCUCAACAUUGACACAAACCUGGUCCUGGACUUGGAUGAGGGGAGCUCAGAUGUAGACAAAGUCAGCCUCAACUCCCUCGACUACAAUGACGACAUGACAAUUAUUGGAAGGGACACAAAGCAAAACAUAAUGUUCCAGGAGGAGGAGGAGGAGGAGGAGGAGGAGUACAGCGGUUCCCCAGAGUACAUUGAGCCUCUGGGUGAAGCACUGGCCCAAAGGACACCGAAGAAAGACAAACCAUAUUUGGGUUUUAAUAACCCUGGUUUCAACAGUACUACAGACCUGUAAAGGGAAUGCUGAAGAAAGAGGCGCCAAUCGUAAUCGUAAGGUGGAGAUAUGUUGCUUCUCUUUAACCAGAUUUAACCAAAUAUCAAAUCAAACAUACAGUAUAUUACAGAGCCAGCUCUCUCACUCCUACCCGCACUGAUGAAAUGUUAAUGCACUUGUGUCAUAUGACUAUUGUGUUCUUAUUUACUAAAAAUACAUAAAACAUGUUGUAUAUUUUAUAUAUAUAAAAAAGGCUUUUUAAAUGUUGAAUCGCUCUUUCCCACUGUUUUCUGUGUUAAUGCUAAGUGCUUACCUCAGCUCAGCAAACUGCAGCAAAAACAAUCAAAACAAAUGUUCGUUUCACAUAUAAAUAACUUUAUUUUGUUCACAUAAUAAGCAAUGGUUUUAAAAAAAAAACUGUUUGGUUUGAAGUCAGUAAAUGCAGUUAUGCCAACAACACACGUGCUUAUAAUUAUUACAGCAGAUGUUUCUGGAAAGAAUUAAGGAAAACACAAGAUAUUGCAUUCGGUAUGAAAGUAAAAAGGUUUAACCUUUAAUGAUUAACAUUGCUUGGGGUGUGCGAUAGUUGCUGAAAUAAAACAUGCAGUGUGACGUCACGCGAGCAGCUGAAUGACAAGAUUAUCUCACUGUUAACUGACAUCUAAAUGAAUGUAUCACAAGUGCAAUCUAUGAAUAAAAGCAUUGUUUUUCUUCAAA